GUGUGGGCGGCGCGCGUGGGCGAGUCGCUUAUAUAGCCGCCCGAGCCUCCUUCCUACGUAGUCGUGUUCCAAACGCGCCCGAGCCGUCAGCAGAUAGUGUAAAAAAUGUGCAACAUGCAACUUUCGAGUUUAAGAAUGUUGAUCGUCUUACUCGGCUAUUUAAUAGCACAAGCUAAUUCAUACCCAAUGCAAGGAUGGCCUAUGUAUCCACAAACUGCUAGAGAAUAUCCUGAUGAUGAGUAUUAUUAUGCUCCAAAAGUUCAAUAUUACUAUGAUGCGCCAGCAAUAAGCGUCCCUGAAGUUUAUGGGCAAGUCCCUUAUCCAUAUUACUAUGAUCCAUAUGACCAUUUUACGUCAAAUGAUGCUCCAAAGAGACACGAAGAGAGACUAGCUGCACUGCCUAUUGGACAAGAGACAUGGUUUGAAAGUGAUACUGCACCCCGCUGGCGAUCUAACGACGUGGAUGACGUCAGUGCAGCCUUUUUAGACAAUUUAAUUCUAACUCAAAUGGCUCAAGACGCACAGAGACGCCGUGAGAAUGCUCGCGCAGCCUUUCCGCCUGUUGAUUAUGAAGAGAGAGAUACUGAAGAUGAAGAUGUACGUGAACUAAAAGCUUUGGCGGGAAAACCUCUCUACCAUGUACCUAAAACGGUUCCCAGAACUGAAGAUGAAGACUACUCUUCUGACGAUGGUUUCAUAAAUUGGAAUGGUAACAAAAGAAGCAUGACAACUGAAUCACCUAUUUCUAGUACGGAAAAGCAGAAAAUGGGACAAAAAGAAGAAGUAAUGCUCCGACCAGCGCAAACCCAAAUACAUCAAAAUUAUCAUACUGCACAAAACAAAAGAAAUUCAUCUUUUUAUGACACAAUCGCCCAACUAUUAGCGAAUAAAUCGAAGAACGCAAUUGCACAGGAAUCUACAAAACCACGGAGGAUCGAUAAACGCUUUGUGGCAGGAGAUAGCGACCUCGUCGUAGAACUACGUGGAUUGAAACAUCGCAUUGCAACUUAAACAGAUGCAUCUGAUUACCGCCAACAAAUAUGAGACUGAGUAUUAAGUAGAUUAAAUAGAUAUCGACCACGGCGAUGUCAUGGAAAACAGCCGCGAGACUUUCAAAAUAACUAAAAAAAAUUUGCAUAUACAAUCAUAUCCAUUAUACAAACCGAUACAUCACCACUUAACCAUCUUUGUAUUAAUAAUAAGAAAAGUAUUCACAAGAUUAUAACUUUACUACGUCCUUUUUUCGAUAUUUUAAAAUAUUUAAGACGCAAUAUCUACAGAUUAGAGUAGAUGUUAACCGAGUACCGAGGGCGCGUUACGAGUGUAAAUUAUCGUACAAAAUAUGACUAUAAUACCCAUUAUAGAAUGAAUUGACUGUAUAUGCAUGGUACAUAAUUAAUAAGAAAAAGUUGCUCCCUUCAAUUGGCAGCUAAUAUAUCGCACAACAUAGUGUGCAUCUGUAAAUAUUGUAGGUACUGAUUGUCUAAGACUUAACUAUUAUUUAGAUAGAAAUUAAUUCAUCGAAAUUUGUGAAAAUAACAGCAAGAAAAUGAGUAUUUUCUGAAAAAUACUUGAAUUGUAAUUCUAUAAGUUAUAAACAAUUGAUUGAGCUUGAUGAAGUGACACUAUUGUGAAUGAGAAAAGCUUCUAAACUUUAUCUACUGUUAAUAUAUUUAGUAUCGUUAAAACAUAUAAUCGAGGAAUAGACUGUUGUUAAUCUCUGGCGGCCUAAAUAUUCAGUUCACAAUUAAAAUCACCAAUUGAAACCGUCAUCUCUUAAAAUAUUUUAAAAAUGAGAUGUAGGUAGUUGUAGUGCUUAUAAACAUGAGUAUUGUAUAUUUUUAUCGGUAUUGCCUAUAGGUACAAAUAGGUAAACACGUCUCUGCAAGUGUACCAUACACGACAACACAAAACUACCUAUCUAUAUAUAAUGUUAUCAGAAUAGCUAUUGUUAUUCAUACUUGUUUUUUCAGAUGUCAAACCUCUUUUUUAUAUCUAAACAUAAGGAUUAAAGCAACUAAUUCAUAAUAGUUUUACAUGUGUCUAUUUUGUACCUGUUCUAUAGCCAGGUGCUAAGUAUUAUGAUUUUAAAUUAUAAUCGUCUACAUUGACAAUAUCACAACUUGCAAAGCAAAAUGUAAUAUAAUUUAUACGAAUAUAUAUUAUAAUAUACCUAUAUAUAAUAAAAUAUCUAUUUAUCUAUACUAAUGAUUCUCGCAAAAUGCUGAGGAUUAGGUGAUAUUUUAGCUUUACAGCUUCUUAACUAACAUUUUAAAAUACGAUUGGUCUAUGAGACUUUAAUGAAAGUAACGUUUAAAUAAUUGCGUCCUUUAUCUUUUCCAUUGACCUAAUCCGAAAUUGAAAGUCAUCCUUAGCUUUUUUAACUAGUAAUUAAGAUCUUCCCUCGAAUUUGCUAUCCUGCUGAACCACUGCGAUUUCCUAAUGUUUCUCGCAACUACGGAUUCGACAUUAAAACGUAGGUAACGUAUCUUACAAAGUACAUAUCUGUUUAUAUAAAGUCAAAUUACUUACAUUCCUGUGUUAAUAGAUAGAAUCUAACCAAAUCCUGUAACUUAGUUUGUAAUAAAAUAAUUAGUACCUAUGACCUGUAAAGUAUUACUAGUUGAUGUUAAAGUUAAUUAUCGAUAUUACAUUUCAAAUGUAAAUUGUCUGCAUAUAACUCGACUUUUUUGAUUUAUUUUCUCACAACUUAUACGAAUAUUACUCAUUUUUUAAUAUUUUCUUAACAUAUAAUUUUUAUAUGUUUUAAAACACUUUCACAGUUUAAUAAUAAUGAAUUGCUCAGAUGAAUGUACGUACAGUAUAAAAUAAUAAUUCCCUUUAAUUUAUAGAGAAAUUAACAUAUUUUAAUACAUAUAUAUUUUAUUUUAAUAAAAAUACAAAAACAGUGUACCUUUGGAUGGAAGUCCAAUUUUAUUAGAAAACUACAUAUAACAAUGUUGUAUCUAAAUAAUGAAAAAAGGAGAAAAAAUAAAUGCCACUUCAAUACAA